ACAACUCGUCUCCGAUAUUCCUUAUCUGUCUCAAGGUGGUCAGUAAGCGUGCUUCAACGAUGACUUCAGAAGAACCCAAAGCAAAGAGAGCCAAACUCGAAGAGAAGAAGGAGCAGGAGCAGGAGCACGAGAAGGAGAACGAGACUAAGUCCGUGGGAAAGAAACUUAGCCAGAAUGCCCUCUUCGGAAUGGGGAAUCCCCUGCUGGACAUCUCCGCCGUGGUGGACAAGGACUUCCUGGAAAAGUAUGGGCUGAAGCCUAAUGACCAGAUCCUGGCUGAAGACAAACACAAAGCCAUGUUUGAGGAGAUUGUGAAGAAGUUUAAGGUGGAGUACCAUGCUGGAGGUUCCACCCAGAACACAGUGAAAGUAGCCCAGUGGAUGAUCCAGAAGCCGCAUAAGGUGGCGACGUUCUUCGGCUGCAUCGGGAAGGACAAGUUCGGGGAGAUCCUGAAGCAGAAGGCCGAGGAGUCGCACGUGGACGCUCACUACUUUGAACAGAGCGAAGAACCCACCGGCACCUGUGCAGCCUGCAUCACAGGAGACAACAGGUCGCUGGUUGCUAACCUGGCUGCUGCUAACUGUUACAAGAAGGACAAGCAUCUGGACCUGCAGGAAAACUGGACACUAGUGGAGAAGGCAAAGGUCUUCUACAUCGCUGGCUUCUUCCUGACGGUGUCUCUGGAGUCCAUCCUGAAGGUGGCUCGCCACGCUGCGGAGCACAACAAGAUCUUCUGCCUGAACCUCUCGGCACCCUUCAUCUGCCAGUUCUUCAAGGAUGCUCUCAUGCAGGUCAUGCCCUACGUAGACAUCCUCUUCGGGAACGAGACGGAGGCUGCCAUGUUUGCACAAGAGCAGGGAUUUGAGAGUAAGGACAUUGAGGAGAUUGCCCAGAAGACCCAGGCUCUGCCCAAAGACAACAAGAAGAGGCAACGCAUUGUGGUCUUCACUCAGGGCAAGGACGGCACAGUCAUGACCAAAGGUGGGAAAGUGGAGAUGUUUUCUGUGCUGGAGAUUGACCAGAGUAAGAUUGUCGACACCAACGGGGCCGGAGACGCUUUUGUUGGAGGUUUCCUGUCCGAGCUGGUUCAAGAGAAGACUCUGGAGGAGUGUGUGUGUGCGGGUCACUAUGCCGCUAACGUCAUCAUUCGCCACGCGGGCUGCACCUUCCCCGAGAAACCCAACUUCCCUUGAUCACCACACGGACACACCCACUCCCACCCCCCACCUGCAUGGAGAGAAGAGCCAAGAUGGCCACCUGAUGAAGAGCCAAGAUGGCCACCUGACGGCUCCACUGCAGAACAGACGCCUUCCCUCUCCUCCAGCACUGCCUUCUCUAGACAUCCCCCUCUCCUCUAUAGUCCCCCCCUCUCCUCUAUAGCCCCCCCCUCUCCUCUAUAGU